CUUCCUUCCGUUAGUAAUUUUCGUUUAAGCUUGCUUUCCCGAUUCUCUCAGACGCUCAACUCGUGCCGUUCAGCUCGCUCGAGUUAGAAAAGCCAGUCGUUUCGUGAGAAAAACUAUCGGAAGUAGAAAAAAAAGGUCGCAAUCAUGGACGCGAUCAAGAAGAAAAUGCAAGCUAUGAAGCUUGAGAAGGACAAUGCUAUGGAUAAAGCUGAUACCUGCGAAGGACAAGCUAAGGAAGCUAAUUUGCGUGCAGACAAGGUCCUAGAGGAAGUUGCAGAUCUUACGAAAAAGCUUGCCCAAGUUGAGAGUGAUUUACAAAUGAAUAAACAAAAUCUCGAACAGGCCAACAAGGAUCUCGAGGAACGUGAAAAAUCACUUACCAACGCCGAGUCCGAGGUCGCAGCUCUUAAUAGAAAAGUCCAAUUGAUUGAAGAGGAUUUAGAACGAUCUGAAGAACGUCUAAACACUGCAACUGCUAAACUUGCUGAAGCAUCUCAAGCUGCUGAUGAAUCUAGCCGUAUGUGCAAAGUAUUGGAGAACCGUGCCCAACAGGAUGAGGAAAGGAUGGAUCAGCUGACGAAUCAACUCAAAGAAGCUCGUCUCUUAGCUGAGGAUGCUGAUGGAAAAUCAGAUGAAGUAUCACGCAAGUUGGCCUUCGUUGAAGACGAGUUGGAAGUUGCUGAAGAUCGUGUUAAAUCUGGUGAAGCAAAGAUCAUGGAAUUGGAAGAAGAAUUGAAAGUAGUCGGAAACAGUUUGAAAUCAUUGGAGGUAUCCGAGGAAAAGGCUAAUCAACGAGUCGAAGAAUUCAAACGCCAAUUGAAAACGUUGACCGUCAAAUUGAAGGAAGCUGAAGCUCGAGCAGAAUUUGCUGAGAAGACGGUUAAGAAACUCCAGAAGGAAGUUGACAGGCUUGAGGAUGAGCUUGGUAUCAACAAGGAUAGAUACAAAUCACUCGCCGACGAAAUGGACUCCACGUUCGCCGAAUUGGCAGGAUAUUAGAAAGAUAUAUUUUCAUCUUUAUAAUUAUUAUAUAUUUCUGCUAAUUCUUUUCCGAUUCUACCCUAAUUCCUAUCUCUCUCUCUCUCUCUAUUUCUAUUUCUAUCUCUCUCUCUCUCUCUCUCUCUCUCUCUCUCUCUCUCAUUAUCUCUCUCUCUCACUCACUCGCUCAGCUCACUCUCUCUCUCACUCGUAUUUUGAAAAAUCAAUCGAAUUUUCUCACGAAAAACACAAUUACGGAAAAAAAGGAAAGAAGGAAGGAAGAAAGGGCUGAAAGAUCUAAUCGCGAUUGAGUUAAAGGUCAAUUUAACGAUCAUCCUAGCUAGCGUCCAUAUUCAUUUCUUUACGUUAUCUCGUCACGGACAGCUAAUGAAAUUUUAUUCUGUUAAAAAAAAAAAGAAGUUAUUAAGAAAGAGUAUCAUGUAAUAAGCAACUGUAACACGAUCAAUGUUAAUAAACUACCGUAAUAAGA